AUGCGCCACACAUUCAACAUACUCCUUCUCCAAUGCCUGCUGAUCUACAAACUAUCGCACGCCGAGCCAUCAGUCGGCGUCAAUGUCCAACAAUUGAAGGAGAACAAGUACCCGUUCGUCGUAUCGAUAGGCGACAACAGAGACCCCGACCAGAUAAAGCACUUCUGCACAGGAGCCCUCAUCAGUAAUCGACACGUGUUGACGUCCGAGCACUGCGUGGAGGACCUCGAGUACAAAGACAUCCACGUAUUGGUCGGAUCGUUCGAUCUGUUGAAGGGCCAAAAAAUCGGCAUCAAAUCUUGGCUGACCUACGACGACUGGGCUGAUAAGAAUGGAUACACCUCCGAGUUCGCGAACAACGACAUCGCCGUGUUGACGCUGAGCACAGAAGUCAAAGGGAUAAAUCCGGCGGUUCUGUCGAACCUGAAAAAUUUCAAACUGAAAAACACCGAAGCCAUAGUGGCAGGAUGGGGUGUGUCGAAUUCGGGUGACAUUCCGAGAUUCAUGCAAACGGCUCGAGUUAGAGUGGUACCGAGCGCCGAGUGCAUUGAGAGAAUCCAAAAGGUUCAGGGCGCAAGGGUUAUCCUUCCUUCGAAGCUGUACCUGUGCACGGCCGCGACACCCUACGCACUUAUCCAAGGCGGGGACAGCGGUGGUCCGCUGUUCAACGACAAGCUCGAAAUCAUCGGAGUCAACGAUUCCUCUUGCCCAGAGAAGUAUAGGCCCGAGCAACAGCCGGAUGUGAUGAACGUGCACGCCAGUGUCGAUUAUUACAGAAGUUUCAUCAAUGACGCUCUUAAAACUGCCUGA